AUGACAAAAUACGCACACGAUCAUAUCCCUGGUCCAGAGCCUCACUAUCUCUUGGGAAAUGUACCAGACAUUUUUCCUGAUUCUUUGGGUAACCUGAUAAAGCUUCAUAGCAAAUACGGCCCUAUUGUUCACUUGUCCAUGGGCGGACACGAAUUGCUGUCGGUGGAUGAUCCUGACGUUUUGGAGACUAUCUGUGAAGACAACGAGUACUUUACCAAGGAAAUUGAAAGUGUCUACUCUGAUCUGGCUAUCCUGAAUGGCCGAGGUUUGGUAACCACAUCCACAGCAGAUCCCGAUUGGCAACUGGGACACAAGCUCAUCAUGAACGCCUUCUCUGCGCGUGCCAUGAAGGCCUACCACUACAAGAUGGGUGAAUCCAUCUCUGAACUAUGCGAAAUCAUGGAGAGCUUUGCCAAGAGUGGAGAAGACUUUGAUGUGUCUCGCUGGUUCAUCGCCCUUGCCCUAGAGUCCAUUGGCAAAAUCGGUUUCGACUACGACUUUGAUUUGCUCAAGGACCCCAACGCUCCUCGCCACCCUUUCACUGUUGCUUUGGCCUAUGUUCAGUCCAUGAUCAUGAAGCGUGCUUCUACAAUGAGCUGGCUAAAGUGGUACCAAACAACAACCAACGUGCGUUUCCAUCGCGAUCUGCAAACCUUGCGCGGUACAGUAGAAGAUGUAUUGAAGGAUCGACGCAAGCACCCUCACACGGAAGCCGAUCAGUCUGAUUUAUUGGACUUUAUGAUCAACGCUGAAUCCAAGGAAGGCGAAAAACUGAAUGAUAGCCUCAUCCGCGACAACAUCAUCACUUUCCUCAGUGCUGGUCAUAACACAACAUCGGCCUUUUUGAGUUGGACUUUUUUGGAGCUCUGCAAGCAUCCUGAGGUGGUCGAAAAUAUCAAGCAAGAAAUUGCUAAUUGUGGCAUCAAGGCUGGAGAAGUGCCCACACCUGAGCAGGUCAAGGAAUGUAAAUAUCUGGAUUUGGUCAUCAAGGAGUCGCUCCGUAUCCACCCUCCUAUCACAUCUAUCCUCAAGUACUGUAAGAAGGACACCACUGUCAAGGCAUCCAACGGCGAUGAGUACGAGGUGAAAGCUGGUCAAUUGCUGCAAGUCAAUAUUAAUGCAUUGCAUCAUAAUCCCAAGGUGUGGGAAGAUCCCGAUGUGUUCAACCCUGACCGUUUCUCUGGAGAUAUUGAAAAUCUGCCCAACACUGCUUGGUUGACAUUCUCCACUGGCCCUCGUGCUUGUAUUGGCAGACAGUUUGCCCUGCAAGAAGGAAAGUUGGCUCUGGUUAUGAUCCUCUCUCGCUUCAAUUUCAAGAUGGACGAUCCAAACCAGAAAAUCGGUUACGCUGUGGUUGUUUCUACGAAGCCUGUUGGAUUCUUUACCAAGAUUGAAGACGCUCAACUUCCCGAACCCACCGAGGAGGUUGUUGUUACAAAGCGUCGCGAAAGCAAGGCAGUGCCUCAGGAGCAGGUCAAGCCAGCCGAGUUCCCACUGCCUCCUGUCACCUUCCUCUUUGGUACUCAAACAAACACCUCUGAAGAAUACGCAAGAAAGUUAUCUGGACAAGCAAAGGAAAUGGGCUUCAAGGAGGUUACUGUGCAAGACUUGGAUGAUUGGAAGCUUGUCAAGGGCGAAGCUAUCGCUAAAGCUCAACACGAUGCAGAUGCUCCCUCCAGCGAAGACGAUAUCAAGGUAUCAGAGCUUGUUGUGGUUGUCACUGCAACAUACAAUGGUUUCCCUCCUGAUGAUGCCAACGAAUUUGCCAAGUGGUUGGACGAGCGUACAAAAGACGCUGAGGCUACCAAGGACAACAUGUUAAGUGGCAUGCUCUAUGCUGUCUUUGGCUGUGGUAACCGUGAUUGGACUAGUACGUUCCAAAAGUUCCCAAAGAAGGUGGAUUCUGGCUUUGAGCUCUUGGGCGGUGAGCGACUCUUGCCCGCCGGUGAAGGCGAUGCUUCUGACGAUAUCGAUGGCGAUUUCAGCUUGUGGUCUGCCAACUUCUGGACUGCCUUGAUGCAACGUUACGGCCAAUCCUCAUCUGGAAAGAACGCCGAUAUCAUGUCCAACAAUGGUCCUGCUGCUGAUCCCAGCCAAGAUUUUACAUUGGAAUUCAUCAAUAUUGUCAAGGAGAAGGUCAAGACUGAGCAAGCCGCUUUGAAUCGCAAUCAGCUAGACACUGUGGCUACUAUUGUCGAGAACAGAGAAUUGCAACACACAGAAAAAAGUCAUCGUAGCACAAGGCACAUCCGGGUCCAAUUUGACAAGAGCAUUGACGGCAAACCGCUCUACGAGGCUGGCGAUCACUUGGAAGUUGUUCCAGUCAAUGAAGAUAGACUCGUUGAAAUUAUUGCUACCAACUUGGGUCUCGUUCUAGACUCUGUAUUUGAAGUCAAGGAUUUGGACAUCAAGAACCUCUCUCCUCGUUCUGUCGCUGCCAACAUCAAGGGCCCUUGCACCAUCCGUAACGCACUGAAAUACUAUGCUGAUUUGACCGGUCCUCCUACUCGAUUCAGUUUGUCUAUCCUCUCAAAGCAACUUGAGAACAGCCGUCCUGAUAUUGCUGAACGUUUGCAGAAGGCCUUACAACCUGGAAAAGAAACGCAGCGUCUCAAAGACUUCCUUGCUUCUCAUCGUACCUUGAUUGACAUCAUCCAGGCUUUCAAGAUCAAGGAACUGAACUUCAAGGAGUUCAUUAGCUCUGUCAACUGCAUUGUGCCACGUAAAUACAGUAUUUCCAGUGGUCCCUUAGAACAUCCAUUUGAUCCCUCCAUUAGUGUUGGUGUUGUUGAUACGGUAGGCGGUCCCGAUGGAAACACACAUUACUUUGGUCUUGCCUCUGGCUACCUGAGCCAUCAAGAGCCUGGCACCAAGAUCAAUGCCCAAAUCAAGCCUUGCAAAUCUACCUUCCGUCUGCCUGAUGAUCCCUCCACACCUGUCAUUUUUAUUGCUGCAGGCACCGGUUUUAGUCCCUUCCGUGGUUUUCUUCAAGAAAGACAUGCCAAGGGAUUAAAGAGUUCAAAGAAGAACAGCAAUGGUGAAGGCUCAGAGUGCUACAUGUUCUUUGGUUGUCGCCAUCCUGACCAAGACUUUAUCUACAAGGAGGAAUUCGACGCUUACCUCGAAGAUGGUACCAUCACCGAGCUUUAUACGACCUUUUCACGAUCAGGAGAGGUCGUAAAGUAUGUUCAACAUGCUCUUCUGAGACAGGCCAAUUUAUUAUACAAGCUGAUGGAAGAAUCGAAUGCCAAGGUCUACAUUUGCGGCUCUGCUGGAAGUAUGGCCAAGGAUGUAAAGCGUACCUGGGAGCGUCUAUUAGUUCAAAUGUCUGGAGCGUCAGAGUCUGAGGCUGCAGAGCAAAUCCAAGCCUGGGUAGACGAAGGAAAAUACAACGAAGAUGUCUGGGGCACUUAG